CUCUGGCUCUGACUGCCUCUGUGUACACAUGCUGUCUGCAGUGGAGGCUGCCAUCGACACCGCAUCUGCUGACACACGCACACACACACACACACGCGCACGCGCAUGUUGUGCUCGGGCUUCAGGACUAACAGGGAGAUCACAACGUGUGGUGUGAGCACGAGUUGGUGUGCGCGUGUAGCCCAUGUGGGCGUGUGUGAGCAACAUCUGUAAACAUCUGCCUGGAGGACAACCCUACCUUGCCUGCAGCUUGUCUUGGUUUGACAAGAGGAUCUGAUCCAGUGUGGAUUUAUGGGAUGUGACAAGAGAGGGUCCCUCCAUCAUGACAAACCAAGACAAAUGGGUCACACUGAGCCCGGCAGAGUUCUCCCAGCUCCAGGAGUAUGCACAGUACUCAAGCAAGAAACUGAAAGAUGUGCUGCAGGAGUUUCACAAAGAUGGGGUGCUGGCCAAAUAUAACCCAGAAGAGAAGCAGGAAAUUCUCAAUCAGGAAAUUGACUUUGAGGGCUUCAAGCUCUUCAUGAAGACGUUUCUGGAGAGCGAGCUGACUGACGAGUUCUGUCAGCACCUAUUCCUGUCCUUUAGCAACAAGGGGCCCAAGCCCAGCCCCUCUGCGGCAGACAAGUCCCGCGUUGCUGGUCUCAAGCUGAUCAAAGGAAGCUCAACCCCUCUGAAGGUCCCACACAUCCCCAAAGUUGGGCCUCAUGACAUGGUCCAGCUGAAAGACAUAGUCUGCUACCUGUCCCUUUUGGAGGGGGGCCGUCCUGAAGACAAACUCGAAUUUAUGUUUCGUCUGUACGAUACUGAUGGGAAUGGGUGCCUGGACAGCUCGGAACUGGAACAAAUAAUUUCCCAGAUGAUGCAUGUUGCAGAAUACCUUGAAUGGGACGUCACAGAACUGAAGCCAAUUCUACAGGAAAUGAUGCAGGAAAUCGACUAUGACCAUGAUGGCACAGUGUCUUUGGAGGAAUGGAUCCAGGGUGGCAUGACAACCAUACCAUUACUGGUGCUUCUGGGAUUAGAGACAAAUGUGAAAGAUGACGGCCAGCACGUGUGGAGACUGAAGCACUUCAACAAGCCGGCCUACUGCAAUCUGUGCCUGAACAUGCUGGUCGGACUGGGCAAGCAGGGCCUAUGCUGUUCCUUCUGCAAGUACACCGUCCACGAGCGCUGCGUGGCACGAGCCCCUCCGUCAUGCAUCAAAACAUACGUCAAGUCCAAGAAGAACAUGGAGGUGAUGCAUCAUUUCUGGGUGGAAGGGAACUGUCCGACCAAGUGUGAUAAGUGUCACAAAACCAUCAAGUGCUAUCAGGGCCUGACGGGGCUUCAUUGUGUGUGGUGCCAAAUCACCCUUCACAACAAGUGUGCUUCUCACGUAAAACCUGAAUGUGACUGUGGACCACUAAAGGACCACAUACUGCCCCCCACCACAAUCUGCCCCGUGGUGUUGGAAAGACAGGCCACUGUAAGGAAAGAUUCCAGAGCCAGUCAGUCAGGAGGCAGAGGGAAGAUGCAGAGAGCCAACUCUGUCACUGUGGAUGGACAAGGGUUACAGAUCACAACCAUAGAGGGCACUCAUCCCCUGCUGGUUUUUGUGAAUCCUAAAAGCGGCGGUAAGCAGGGAGAAAGGAUAUACAGAAAAUUCCAGUACCUUCUGAAUCCUCGUCAGGUCUACAACCUUGCCAAAAGUGGGCCAAUGCCAGGGCUCAAUUUCUUCCGAGAUGUCCCAGAUUUCAGGGUGCUUGCCUGUGGUGGGGACGGCACUGUUGGCUGGAUUCUCGACUUCAUCGAUAAAGCCAACCUGGACAGGAACCCCCCUGUGUGCGUUCUUCCUCUCGGCACAGGAAAUGACCUGGCCAGGUGUCUGCGAUGGGGUGGAGGUUACGAGGGAGAGUGCUUGCUGAAGAUCCUAAAGGACAUCGAGAACAGUACGGAGGUGAUGCUGGACCGCUGGAAAGUUGAGGUGACUGCAAAUGACAAAGAGGAGAAGGGGGACCCGGUGCCUUACAGCAUCAUCAACAAUUACUUCUCAAUUGGAGUGGAUGCCUCCAUCGCACACAGAUUCCACAUCAUGAGAGAGAAACAUCCAGAGAAGUUCAACAGUAGAAUGAAGAAUAAACUCUGGUACUUUGAGUUUGGCACCUCUGAGACCUUUUCUGCAACAUGCAAGAAGCUUCACGACUUCCUGGAAGUGGAGUGUGAUGGCAUCACCUUGGACCUCAGCAAUAUCUCCCUUGAGGGCAUUGCUGUUCUAAACAUUCCCAGCAUGCAUGGUGGCUCCAACCUGUGGGGAGAGACCAGGAAGAGGCGGAGCCAUUGGCGAACUGGGAAGAAGAACACUGAGAAGCGGACCACAUUGGUAGACCCCAAAGAGCUCAUGUUUGCUGUUCAAGAACCAUCAGACCAGCUCCUAGAAGUGGUUGGCUUGGAGGGAGCGAUGGAGAUGGGACAGAUCUACACAGGCUUGAAGAGUGCUGGGAGACGCCUCGCUCAGUGUUCAUCUGUCAUCAUCAGGACCAGCAAAUCCCUUCCCAUGCAGAUAGAUGGAGAGCCAUGGAUGCAAACUCCUUGCAUUAUAGAAAUAACGCACAAGAACCAGGCUCCAAUGCUGAUGGGUCCGCCACAAGGAACUGGGUUCUUUUCCUCCAUCAUCCGAAAAACGCGGAGUGAGAGCAAAGAGUAGGAGCGCUGUGACACUGCAUUUUCAGAGGAAAGAGUUGAGAUAUCCUGCUGUUCUGUUUCCCUGAGCAUAAGAGAGAAAGGGGGUUAAGGCUGUGUUACUACAGAGGGAGAGAAGCAGAAGCUACUCUAGAGUAGCCACUGUGAGUGUGACCACUGAGUUUACACAUACACACACACACACACACGCACGCACGCGCGUGCACACACAGACACACAGAGACA